AUGUUGACCUCCGUUCUUUGUUUCUUCGGAACCAUAUGGCUAUUCUCUUUGGGUGUACUCUCUGCAACCGACUUCUCUGUAUCUGCUGGACUAUCAACUUGGAAUCAAAGUGACUGGUCCUUGACUACCACUAAAUACAUUCCAGGACAAUAUCAAUCGAGAUUGUCACUUGCUAAUGGAUACAUUGGUGCUUCUUUCGCAGCAGCCGGUCCUUUCUUUGAAAAAGAUGUCAAUCAAACAGAUGCAAAUGGUACUUCACCUUCUAAUGGAUGGCCAUUGUUUAAUGAUAGAAUUUCAUUUUCCACUAUAUCUGGAUUUUACGAUGUAGAGCCGGCACAGAUACCUCCUCAAGGUACCAACUAUCCUUGGUUGAAUCAAUAUGGUUGGGAAAGUUUUAUAUCUGGCAUUCCACAUCCUACAGCCAUAUUAUUCUCUUUCGGAUCUAAUUUUCUCGAUGCUACGGUUAGCAAUACUUCAAUUACGAAUUUCUCUUCUAAGAUUUCGUUCCAAACUGGUUUGGCAGAAUGGAAUUAUACAUGGUCGCCAGUUCAGAAUUCUACUUUCAAUGUUUCCUAUGCUGCAUUUUUGAGUAGAGAAAGACCAAACGUUGUGGCCGUGAAGGCCACCAUUGUUCCCUCCGUAAGUAUCGAAGGGCAGAUCACGGAUUUACUGGAUGGGAGAAGUGCAGUUCGAUCUACUCUAUCAUCCCAAGGAUUGGAUGCAAAUGGGACUACCAUUUAUUCGGCAGUGAAUCCGGAUAAUCUUCCAAAUAUCACCGCAUUUGUUGUCUCUGGCGUCAAUUUCUCCAACAACUACACGAAAAUUUCAUCGAGAACCAAUGCCAGUGGAGAUUACAUAAGUUCUGCGAAUAGUACUACAAUUGGUCAAUCUUUCAACAUCAGUCUAAAAGCUGGAGAACCUGCUGUUUUCUAUAAAUAUGUUGGAAUUGCUUCAACGGACAAAUUUAAUAAUCCCGAAAUUGUGGCUCGAGCAGACCAGAAGUCAGCACAGGAGUUUGGAUGGGAUAGUCUUUUAGGGGAGCAUAUUGCAGCUUGGGCCAAUAUUUUGACACCAGAUUCUGUGGACGAUUUUACGGAUCCAACGACAGGAGAACUGCCUGAAGACCCCAAUGUUCAAGCACUUCACAUUGCUUCCGUUUCAAAUACAUACUACCUGCUUCAAAACCUACAACCCGACGGUAGUGGACUGAAUGACAACAGCAUCUCAGUAGGAGGACUUUACUCCGAUUCAUAUGCUGGCUUGGUGUUUUGGGACGCUGAUUAUUGGAUGGCGCCUGGUCUUAAUCUGGCCUUUCCGGAUUGGAGCAAACAAAUCAGUAACUUCCGCGUCAAGCAACACAAUCAAUCUUUAGCGAAUGCAGCAUUCAACAAUUACCCAAAUGGAAGCUCACUUUACUCUUGGACUACUGGAAGAUAUGGAAAUUGUACUGGAACGGGGCCUUGCGUAGACUACGAAUAUCAUCUCAACUAUGAUAUCGCAUUCAAUCUCAUGCAGGAAUACAAUAUCACGAAUAAUAAGACUUGGUUCGACAAUGGACCCAGGCAAAUUAUCGAAAGUACUGCGAUUAUGACUGGGCAUUUGCUGAUGUACAACGAAACUACGCAGACUUAUUGGAUUCACAAUAUUACGGAUCCAGAUGAAUAUGCCAAUAACAAGGACAAUGGAGCAUUCACAAUAGCUUCUGCUGCGACUCUGCUGGAGUUGGCAAACGAUUUGAGAGUUGCUCAGGUGUUGGAACCAAACGAAACAUGGCAACAGCAGCAACAAAGUAUCGAAUUUCCAUCUGCAGCUUCUAAUAUCACCUUAGAGUAUCAAACGAUGAAUAAUAGCGUUGCUGUCAAACAAGCUGACGUCGUUUUGUUGACUUACCCUUUGGAUUUCAAUCAAAAUUACACCGAAGCGGACAAACUAUUAGAUUUAGAUUAUUAUGCAAAUAAGCAAUCGCCUGAUGGCCCAGCAAUGACUUACUCUAUCUUUGCUAUCGAUGCAAAUGCUUUAUCUCCAUCCGGAUGUUCCGCAUACACUUAUACUUUAAAUGGCUUUAUUCCAUACCUACGAGCACCAUGGUAUCAGUUCUCUGAACAAGCCGUCGACGAUGUUACAUUGAACGGAGGAACAAACCCAGCAUUUCCAUUCCUAACCGGACACGGAGGAGCUAAUCAAGUUGUACCUUUUGGCUUCUUGGGUUUGCGAACCGACCAACCCACCCUUUAUCUACAUCCUUCUCUCCCUCCUCAGAUACCCAACCUGAGAGUUCGCACUUUUCACUAUGCAGGCGCAACUCUUUCGGCAACCAUGAAUACAACCCACACAAAUAUUACUCGUCUUCCUUCCACUAGCCUUAGUGACCUCUACCGAAACGCCAGUCUCCCCUUCGUUGUCGGAACUCCCGGUUCCUCCAUCUCAAACACAACAUCCUACAAUAUCGCCAUCAACCAAACCCUCACCAUCCCCAACCGUCUCUACUUUCAAAAUAAGACCAAGCCUAACAAUCUCCUGCAAUGCCUACCCGUCACAUCUGGAGACUCAUAUUCAGCCGGUCAAUUUCCCGUCGCAGCCAUCGACGGCGCCACAUCCACCUCCUGGCAACCAUCCACCAACGAAACAUCCUCCCUCCUCAUAAACACGACCUCGAUCCCCCCCUCCCCUAUUUGGAGCAUAUACUUUAACUGGGGUCUUCGACCUCCACUCCGCGCUACUGUCUUCUUCGGUAAUGAAACAACGGGCAAUGCAUCGAUCUUUGGAAACGAAUGGGAAAUUAAUAUCGAGGGUGUUUCUCCCAGUUUGCCAUAUAAUGCGACGCAAGCGCAGUAUAAUAUGACGCAAGUGAAUAGUAGUAGCACGGAAAAUGUCAACAAGAACGUAAAUGUGGUGCCGGUAGUAGGCAAUGAAACAAGGUUGGUGGUGGAGGGGGGCGUCUGGAGUGGGAAGUAUGUUAGGUUGGUGGUGGAGGGUUGUUGGGAGAAUGAUGGGGUGGGGGCUACGGUGGGGGAGUUUGCGGUUGUGAGCGGUUAG